GCUGUCCAAGGUAUUAUCCAAACACUCACACACGCGCUGUCGCUCUAUUUCUCUCUCUCUCUCUAUCGCCCCCCCCUCUUUCUCUCUCUCUCUCACAUGCACACACACACACAGUCGCUGCUGCCAGCCCUCCACUUACAGCUCCAGUCUUUCAAAGCUGUUUUUCCUCUGGAGAUCAGCACACGGUUUAACACCACACAGCUGCCACCGAAGAGACUGAGGGAAGAAGAGAAGAGUGAAUAGAGAAAAUAGGGAGCAAAAAGAAGAAGAGCAGGAAAGUGUUUUCAAAUACUCCAGGUUUUUUGUGUUUUGAAAUACUCCGGGUCUUUUGAGUUUACUCCUUGGGACCAUUCAAAGAAGAGAAGAGAGUCUGAGUUCACAGUGAAUGGGUUGCCAUGGUAACUGACACUGGCAGCCUGACACGAGAAAACUCGAUGUUUAAUGGAGGAAGAUCCUCGGUGGUGGCAAGCAAGCGAAAGUAACAGGGAUUUAAGGGAGGUGAGAGGGAACAAGAGAGGAGUGAGUGGAGGAGCGCGGUGGAAGUCCAGAAUGGAGGACGGGUUUUCCAGCUACAGCAGCCUCUAUGACACAUCUUCGCUGCUGCAGUUCUGUAACGAUGACAGUGCGUCGGCAGCCAGCAGCAUGGAGGUCAUGGACCGCAUUGCCUCCCUGGAGCAGCGUGUCCAGAUGCAGGAGGACGAGAUCCAGCUGCUCAAGUCAGCGCUGGCCGACGUGGUGCGCCGCCUCAACAUCUCUGAGGAGCAAAACGCCAUGAUUAACAGGAGGGGACCCACUAAAGCCAGACCCAUGAUGGCUGCCCUGCCUCUAAGGCACACUGUCAGCAACGGCACUGUCCUGCCCAAGAAAAGCUGUGGCACGCUACCGUCCCCCACCAGCUCCAGGAAGGAUGCUGCUGCACCAGCAACCAAAAGUCUCUCCUGUCUGUCUGGCAUACCCACCAGACUUAUCUACAUCACUUCUCCUUACAGCACUGUAAGGAGAACCAACUCCAACGAAACGAUGGGGACACUGACUCGUAAAGACAGCGGCGACUCCAAGAGCAACCGCACCCGCACCGGCUCUACCGGGAGCAACUCCAGCGGCAAGAGAGCCAGCGAAAGCAAACUUAAGGAGCCCGUUUUCAAUGCAGAGGAAGGGUAUGUGAAAAUGUAUUUGAAGGGACGACCCAUCACCAUGUACAUGCCCAAAGACCUUGUGGAGACCUACUGCCUGGAAGCCAAAUCGGACCUGCCAAACAUAAAGCUCAAACUGGACUGGGUUUAUGGGUACAGGGGACGUGACUGUCGCUCUAACCUGUACCUGCUACCCACGGGAGAGACGGUCUACUUCAUUGCAUCUGUUGUGGUGCUGUACAACGUGGACGAGCAGCUCCAGAGACACUACACCGGGCACACUGAUGACAUCAAGUGUCUGGCUGUCCAUCCUGAUAAAAUCACCAUAGCAACGGGACAGGUGGCAGGCACCUCUUCUGAAGGCAAACAGUUGGCUCCUCAUGUGCGGGUUUGGGACUCUGUGAGCCUUAACACCCUCCACAUUCUGGGGACAGGUUUCUUUGACCGCGCCCUGGUUUGUCUUGCCUUCUCCAAGUCGAAUGGAGGCAACACGCUGUGUGUAGUAGACGACUCCAAUGACCAUGUGCUCUCUGUGUGGGACUGGCAGAGAGAGGAAAGACUAGCUGAUGUCAAGUGUUCCAACGAGGCAGUGUUUGCUGCCGACUUCCACCCCACUGACACCAACAUUAUAGUCACAAGUGGGAAGUCACACCUCUACUUCUGGACACUGGAGAGGGGUACCCUUACCAAGAAGCAAGGCUUGUUUGAGAAACAAGAGAAGCCCAAGUUUGUCUUGUGUGUGACUUUUUCAGAAAAUGGAGACACCAUAACUGGAGACUCAAGUGGAAAUAUACUGGUGUGGGGAAAAGGCACUAAUCGAAUUAGCCACGCCAUUCAGGGUGCACACGAGGGGAGCAUCUUUGCACUGUGUAUGUUGAGGAACAGCACACUGGUGUCAGGGGGAAAAGAUCGGAAACUCCUCUCUUGGGAUGGGAGCUACCAGCAGAUCCAAUCGGUUGAGGUUCCUGAGUUAUUUGGCCCCGUCCGCACUGUUGCCGAGGGCAAAAGGGAGAGUGUGCUUAUUGGGACCACCAGGAACUAUGUUCUACAAGGCAGUUUAUAUGGCGAAUUUACCCCCGUCACACAAGGUCACACCGAUGAGCUGUGGGGGUUGGCCGUGCACCCUUGGAAACCCCACUUCCUCACCUGUGGCCACGACAAGCAUGUCAGCCUGUGGGACGCCUCCUCGCACCAGCCUGUCUGGACCAAGAAUAUGGAGGACGCAGCUCAGUCUGCUGAAUUCCAUCCCUCUGGAGCAGUGGUUGCUAUAGGAACGCAGACCGGCAGGUGGCUGGUGCUGGAUACUGACUCUAAGGAUCUAGUCACAGUGCACACAGAUGGGAAUGAACAGUUGUCUGUUAUACGCUUUGCACCGGAUGGCAAUUUCCUGGCGAUCGGCUCUCACGACAACUUCAUCUAUAUCUACGCAGUGGGGGAGAGCGGCAGGAAGUACGGUCGAGUGGGAAAGUGCUCGGGCCACUCCAGCUUCAUCACCCAUCUGGACUGGUCAGUGGACUCUCAGUACUUGGUGUCCAACUCAGGAGACUAUGAGAUACUCUAUUGGAUCCCAUCAGUGUGUAAACAGGUGGUGAGUGUGGAGACCACACGGGACAUCCCCUGGGCCACGUCCAACUGCACUCUGGGCUUCCAAGUCUUUGGGUUAUGGCCUGACGGCUCCGACGGGACUGACAUCAACGCCGUCUCCAGAUCCAAUGACAAAAGGCUGCUCGUCACAGGAGACGACUUCGGAAAAGUCCAACUUUUUUCAUUCCCCUGCUCUCAAUUCCGGGCUCCCAGUCAUGUUUAUGGCGGACACAGCAGUCAUGUGACCAACGUAAAAUUCCUGUUUGACGAUAGUUGCCUGGUUUCCACUGGGGGCAAGGACAUGAGCAUCAUGCAGUGGCGGGUAGUGUGAGGCGGCUAUUUUGGGGCAACAGACUGACAGUUUCUUUAUGGAUCAGGGUAGGGUGGGUAGGGGAAGGGUUGUACUCAUAGAGGCUUCCCUGUACAAUGAGCUUACGAUGAUGUUGCCCCUAGAAGCUGAUCUUGGAUCAGUUUUGUAUUUACCCCAUUAAUGGGUUAGGAUUUGGGGAGGGCUGAUUCUAGAUCUGUUGCUAGGGUUGACUUCACUCCAGAGUUUAGCUUUUUGGU